AUGGCUGAGGAUGGAGCUGACAGCAGCAGCAGCAGCAGCAGCAGCAGUGGAGCGUGUGCUGCAGCGGAUGCUGCGCUGCAGCAUGCGCAGUGGUGGCGGCGAGUAGGAGACUGCCGGCGUUUGUCUUCGUUAUUUUGUUUGUCUUCUCUCUCUGGGAAAGGGGAAGAGUUGAGUGAGAGGCAGCAGCAAAUAAAGCAGCAGCGUGGGGUGUCUGUACACCUCUCCGCGCGUCAAAAGGGGGCCCCCUCGGAUUGGGUGGGGCCCCUGCUGCAGCAGCAGCAGCAGCAGCAGCAGCAGCAGCAGCAGCAGGAAGGAGAGCUGGGGUGUACAGACACCCUGAGGGAUGCGUUGAGCCUCUCAGCCCCCUUCAGCAGAGCGAAGGAGUGGGCGGAGCCUCCUGCCUUCUUCUUCUCGCUGCUGCUGAUUCGCGCUAAGUGCUUACGACGCAUUGCUGCAGCUGCUGCUGCAGCACCUGCUGCAGCAGCUGCUGCAGCUGCUGCUGCAGCAGGUGAUGCCCGCAACAGCGAUGCAGCUGCUGCUGCAGCUGCGGCUGUUGCUGCUGUCACAGAGGCAGCGGAAGCCUCCUAUCCCCAGCCUGCACCAGACAUUGCUGCCUUCACUGCAGCAGCAGCAGCAGCAACAGCAGCAGCAACUGGCGGCGGUGCUGCUGCAGCAGACAGCAGCAGCAGCAGCAACGCACCCAAUGGCAACACCAAAGGGGAGGCAUCCCAGCGUACUCCAAAAGAAGAGGGAGCAGCAGGGGCAACAGCAGCAGCAGGAGCAGGGCCUUUGGGGCCGACAGCAUAUUGGGGGGAGAGGGGAGGAGCCCGCAGCUGA